UGGAGGCGUUGGCUGGGCGCAGUGUGUAACACACAUACACAGUGGAGCGGAGUCGAAGACGUCCUCUCCGCCGACAGCCUCACUGACACACCCGGGGCUGAGACCCACCUGGAGACUCACACACUCACUCUACCUCUGGUUCUUUUCAUCCACACUCAUCUCUUUGUCCGAACCCCGUCGAAAUGAUCAAGAACGGCAGCCACCACCAAGCUGAAGCCGACGAGCGGCGGGACGGAGCCGGGUGCGGUAAGCCUGCCGGCUCGGUGUGCAGCCCGGAGAAGAGGAAGCGGGUCGUCCGUCUGUGGUGUGACGGCUGUUAUGACAUGGUUCACUAUGGUCACUCCAACCAGCUACGCCAGGCCAAAGCCAUGGGAGACUACCUCAUAGCUGGAGUACAUACAGAUGCGGAGAUCUCCAAGCACAAGGGUCCUCCGGUCUUCACUCAGGAAGAGCGCUACAAGAUGGUGCGGGCCAUCAAGUGGGUGGAUGAGAUAGUGGAAGGAGCACCUUACGUCACCACCCUGGAGACUCUGGACAAGUACAACUGUGACUUCUGCGUGCACGGAGAUGACAUCACGCUGACAGUAGACGGCAAGGACACAUAUGACGAGGUGAAGCGUGAAGGCCGAUACCGGGAGUGUAAACGCACACAGGGUGUCUCCACCACUGACCUGGUGGGCCGAAUGCUCCUCAUGACCAAAGCCCAUCACAGCAACAUGGAUAACCCAGAUUACCAGCAGCAUACAGACAACUUUGGAAAGGGUCCAAAAGGCCACAGUCCAUGGACUGGAGUGUCCCAGUUCCUCCAGACGUCCCAGAAGAUCAUCCAGUUUGCCUCAGGAAAAGAGCCGCAGCCAGAUGACACCAUCAUCUAUGUGGCUGGAGCAUUUGACCUCUUCCACAUUGGCCAUGUUGACUUCCUAGAGAUGGUGUAUAAGCAGGCAGAGAGGCCGUAUGUCAUCGUUGGUCUGCACUUUGACCAGGAAGUGAAUCGGUACAAGGGGAAGAACUAUCCAAUCAUGAACAUCCACGAGAGAACACUGAGUGUCUUGGCCUGUCGGUAUGUGUCAGAGGUUGUGAUUGGUGCACCCUACGCAGUGGGCCAAGACCUUCUGGAUCACUUUAAGGUGGAUCUGGUGUGUCAUGGCAAGACAGAGGUGUUUCCUGACAAGGAUGGUUCAGACCCGUAUGCUGAGCCCAGGAAGAGGGGGGUAUUCAGGACCAUCGAUAGUAGCAAUAAUCUCACCACUGAUGACAUCGUCCAGAGGAUCAUUGAAAACAGGCUGCUGUUUGAGGCCAGAAACCAGAAGAAGGAGGCCAAGGAGAUGGCGGUGUUCGAGGCGAUGAAGAAGAGAGAGCAGGAGCAUAGCGAUGCUGACUCCUAGAAUGCUCACUAACAAAACCUCAGACUUGGACCCUACUGGUUCUUUGUCUGAUUUAAGCUUUAAGACGUCGGACUUAAAUCACGCAGACAGAUGGUCCAUGUUGUUUUAAACAAGGCCUGGCCGCCGGUGAAACAACCACUGGGGGCCAGUCGGUCUCAAGCGGCCCACUGGACACAGAAUUCUGCUUUUUAACAUUUGGUGAGGCAGUGUCACCCUCACACUUUUAGCUUCUUCCAGUUCACUCUCUAAACUAGUCCAGCCUGUACAGGAUUAGAUUAGAUCUGCCUUGACAAGAAUACAAAGAAUCCGAACAUUUCACACUUUGCUCAAUAUCUAUGUUUGUAUCCAUGUAUUGAUUCAACCUUGUGAGCCUGUAUUUGUGUUAAGUUGUAUGUUAAGUUUUUAAUCAUCAAUAAGUUAUUGACAAAAUGUUAAUGUGAUUGUCAUUUUUGUUUUUAAAUUUUAAAUCCAAUUAGUUUUAAUCAGUGAGGUUGGAUUUUUUUAAUACAUUUAGAGGAAGGAGAUUUAUUUAAAUUUCUAUGAUUUUGUCCAUCCUUCAAGGAAACAUAAUUACUGAUCAGUGGUUUAGUCUUCUUGAUUUUAACCGUGGAAUUUAACGACAUGAAUUUGCACCGUGCGUGUGUGUGUUUGUGCGUGUGCGCGUGUGCAAGCUUUGACUGAGAUUAGUAAGUGUUUGCACUGUUAAUUACAGUAGUGCCUCCUUCUUGAAGCUAUAGCUAAUGCAGGGUUUGUGAAUUGUAUGAAAAAGUUUGAACUUCUGUCUCUACAACUGCGGUUGAACUUGUUGAGUCCUUUCUUCAGUCUACAUUCAAGAAAUGUGUUACAAAAAAUGUAAAAACUAGGAUGUCAUCUUAUCUUUUACACAAAACAAUCCAUGAAUGUAAGGAUUUGCGAGCCAGUUUAACUGUUGAAGCUGUUGAAGGUUAUAGUCUGUUCUUUCUCAUCAUACGCGUCACAUUACCUCGACGUGAAUUGUUAAUUAUAGCGAGAAGGCGUGAUUUUUCAAAGUGUGUGUGGGUUGGAGGUCGGAUGGUGGCAGCCAGAGAAAUAAAUAUCUUUCAAAAUAUUA